AUGUCCAUACGUCCAUCUUCUUUCUUACUUUUGCUUGUAUUGCAAUGUGUAGUACAUGAAGGCGAUGCUAAAAACUACUUUAAUCAAUCAGCAGGGUAUGUGAUUGAAAUUAGUACGGAUGGAUGGAGUAAUUAUGCCUUGAAUGGUGGGUGUGUCACGUGUCCAUACACGUGUGUUUCGCCAACUGAGAGUUAUGAUGGAACGCCUAUUAAUGCAACGAAUACAACAAUGACUGCAUCAUUACCAAGUAUUUACACGGCUGUUCGAUCAAAUGGUUGUUGCUAUGCAUCGAAUUCAAUUACACAACCAUCUUGUUCCAAUGAAGCAAGUCCUGCAAGUGCUGAGAAUUGUGGCUUUUUGUACGGUCCGACACUUGAAUGGCGCAUUAAUAAUGCAUUGAAACCACUUACUGACAGUAUGACGGCCAUUCUGUUUGCAUCAACGGACUGUGAGAGCUUUUGGGCCGUUGGGAAGCAAGACAUUCGGUAUACGAGCAAUACGAAGAGUAUUAAAGGCUCUAAGAUGAUUCAGCAUGGCUGUUAUGGUGAUCCAACGGGUGUCCCGAUGGUACUUAGUGGAUGCCUUACGAGCCAAUUGGAAUAUACAAAGACCAAGACAUACACGUGGAAGAAUCUUGCUGAGAAGUGUGAAGGUCUUGCUGGUCGCUGUGUCGUCACUAAUGCUGUGUGGGAAGAACAUCUUAAAUGCUGCACGUCUCGCACAGGCUUGGCUUCUGACUGGGACACAACGUUUGCAACGUACACGAAGACACCAUCCACGACCACCAAACUGAGCGGUCCGGCCAUUACAGCCAUCGUCAUUGGUGGUGUGGCGCUGCUCAUGUUCCUCAUCCAUUUUGGUGCCAAGGUACGCGAACGCGCUCGCCAGACAGCUUUAAUGCGUGAGCAGGAGGCUACGGACGAUUACGAGGAGAUCAUGACGCCACUCACGGCCGCAGACAAGCAACCCGUGGCACUGCAACGUCCUAUUGGCCCAGCCAGCGUGGAGGUUUCGCUUCACGAAGGAGACCAGAUUUACCGCAAGAAGGACGAUGAGGUGCUUUUUGAAGGCGACAUGUACUAG